UCUAUCAACCAUCGCCCCCACCACCAAAACCAACCCCAGCAAUGCCAUCCCAAAAACCAAACCAAAUCCUCUCUCUCUCUCUCUUUCUCACAACUAACUGAGAAUUGCAGCCCCACAACAAACAAACAACCAUGAUGCCUGAAAACUUUGAUGAGAGAAGCAUUCCUGACUUCAUCCUUACGAUGAAUACCCAACCAGAAAAGCUGGACCAUGGCGGCGACAGGAUCGGUGAUUCCUUUUGGCAGGACUCCUUCGUGUCCCUUGGUUGCUCUGACGAUGGCUCCAUCAGUCUGUUUUCUGACGACGACGGUGAUGAAGCAUCCUCGGUGGGUGAAAGGGAUUCCAUGGAGCUGGACGAUGAACACUGCCAUUGCCAGUCCCCACCAAGACGCCGAAGCAAGUCGGAAGAAUCUUGUGCAGAUUGUGGACUGCCUCCCAUGCCUAUGAGACAGCCCAGUUGCCCCAAUCUCAUUUCUUUACUCAUGGAAGCCCACACAAAUGACGGCAAGGGAGCACCAAGAAACGAUGGCUGCAAUGACAAUAUCAGCAACACUACGGUUAAGCAGCCACACCACUCCAAAGAAGCCUGCAGCGACAACAGAUCCCCACGAAUUGGUAGUCGCGCCAUCCAAAGACGAAAACAACGAGCGGCAGCCAGCAAGACUGUCAGUCAGCGAAUGGUCCUUCCACCGAAGCUGCCCCGACGAAAGGGGAGCAAUGUAUCUUCAAUCGUAGCUUAAUUUUUUUCACACGAGCAAGUUUUUGAUAAGGCCCUACCCAAAUGAAGAUGGCAAGGCGGGUUAGUCUACGGCCUAAUGCAUCGGAUGCAUCAGGGGGGGCAACCUCCCAGUUUUGAGUACACAUUAUGCGCCUGUAAUCACUAGAAAAAUGAAUGAAUACUUC